UCCGGCACUUCGCAGCGCUCCGCCCCGCUCAGCUCCCGCCUUCUCGCCCCUCGGAGGAGCCGCCCCUCCCCGCGGCUGCUCAGCGGCCCGCCCGGCCCCGCCGUCACGUGACAGCCGAAGUCCGGCGAGGCAACAUGGCCGCGGCGGCGGGACCUUCUUUUUGGCUGGGGAAUGAGACCUUGAAAGUGCCCGUAGCACUCUUUGCAUUGAAUAGAAGACGACUGUGUGAUCGCCUGCGACAGAAUAAGGAUGUCCAGAAGAAUUCAGUUGUUCUGCUUCAGGGUGGAGAGGAAACCCAGAGAUACUGCACUGAUACUGGUAUUGUGUUUCGCCAGGAAUCUUACUUUCACUGGACUUUUGGAGUAACUGAAGCAGGCUGCUUUGGAGCAGUAGAUGUUGAUACUGGAAGAUCCAUGCUUUUUGUUCCACAACUCCCUGAAAGUUAUGCGGUUUGGAUGGGAAAGAUUCAUCCCCCUGAACACUUCAAGAAAAAGUAUGCUGUGGAUGAAGUCCACUAUGUGAAUGAGAUAUCCAGUGUCUUGGCUUCGAAGAAGCCUUCUGUGCUGCUUACUUUGCGUGGGGUUAACACUGAUAGUGGAAGUAUCUCCAAAGAAGCUUCGUUUGAGGGAAUUAGCCAAUUUAAUGUGAACAACAAAAUCCUUCAUCCUGAAAUUGCAGAAUGUCGUGUGAUUAAGACAGACAUGGAAUUGGAAGUUCUGCGCUACACCAAUAAAAUCUCCAGUGAAGCUCAUAAAGAGGUAAUGAAGGCAGUAAAAGCUGGUAUGAAAGAAUACGAGCUGGAGAGCCUUUUCCAGCACUAUUGCUACACCCGAGGCGGCAUGCGCCAUACUUCCUACACUUGCAUCUGUGGCAGUGGGGAGAACUCAUCUGUUCUGCACUAUGGGCAUGCUGGAGCCCCAAAUGAUAAGACUAUUGAAGAUGGAGACUUGUGCCUGUUUGAUAUGGGAGGAGAGUAUUACUGCUAUGGCUCUGACAUCACCUGCACCUUCCCUGCAAAUGGAAAGUUCACUCCUGACCAGAGGGCUAUCUACGAAGCAGUGCUGAAGUCAUCACGUGCUGUCAUGAAAGCAGUCAAACCAGGGGUCGCCUGGCCUGAUAUGCACCGUCUGGCUGACCGAGUCCAUCUGGAGGAGCUGACUAAAAUUGGCGUUCUGAAAGGCAACGUAGAUGACAUGGUGAAGGUUCAUCUGGGUGCAAUAUUUAUGCCACACGGACUUGGACAUCUACUUGGAAUCGACGUGCAUGACGUUGGAGGCUACCCAGAGGGAGUGGAACGCAUCGACCUGCCAGGGCUCCGAAGCUUGCGCACUGCCCGGAACCUGGAGCAGGGCAUGGUGCUGACCAUCGAGCCAGGGAUCUACUUCAUUGACCACCUCUUGGACCAAGCCCUCCGUGAUCCCGCACAGUCCUGCUUCAUCAACGAUGAUGUCCUGCAGCGUUUCAGAGGAUUUGGUGGGGUCCGGAUUGAAGAUGACAUUGCGGUGACAGCCAGCGGAAUGGAGUUGCUGACGUGCGUCCCACGUACUGUGGAAGAAAUAGAGGCUUUCAUGGCAGAAGGCCAAGGCAGUGCCAAGUCGUUUGGCUCCUUGUCCAGCCAAAAGGAGUAAGCUUCAGGGUGAUGUUGAAUGUCCCGUGCUGAUCAGUCAUCGUUCUGAUUUAACGCUGCAGCAUGUAAAAUAACACACAUCCAAUUCUUAGUAGCGAGAAGCGGGCAGGCUAUUAGCUGGAAUGAUUCAUUAAUUAAAAAUGAAGGUAGGCUUCAGCAUUAGAUAUCCAGGUACCUCUGAUGUUGCUGCUUGCAGGCAGCAGUUGACAUGACAAGUGCCACCUGAAUAACCUUGCUGCAGUGUCUGUGGGGCUUACACAGCUGUCAGAGCCCAGCUCUGGCACACCUUUCUUCCGGUUAAAUCUGAAUUUUGAUGAUAGAGACUCUUUAAAAUACAGGUGAUCUGAAUGCUGCCAGCAGUUGUAACAAUCUAAGUCAUUUAUCAAGCUCUGUCACAAGUACUGCAAAAAAAGAGAAAAAAAUUAGCUCUUCUCAGUGGACACAAUGACACUUAUAUUUUUCUUAUCGAUCUUAUUUCAGUGGCAAUGGAGUAAGCAGAAUGAAAUUUGUAUUAAAAUUCAUCCUUGGCAUCA